AUGAUCUCUCCCCGGAGUGCAAUACAGAUCGACAUAUCCAAAGCAUUUGAUUCGGUCCAAUGGCCCUUUCUCAUCAACACUCUAUCAGCUUUGAACUUCCCCCCACGCUUUAUUCGCUGGAUUGAGCUGUGUGUUACCACGGCUUCCUUCUCAGUACAAGUGAAUGGAGAACUUACGGGUCAGAACCAACGAGGACUCUGUCAAGGCUGCUCCCUAUCCCCUAACCUCUUUGUCAUUUGUAUGCACGUUGUGUCUACACUACUUGACAAGGAUGCGUUGGAGAGACGAGUUGGUUAUCACCCUCGUUGUCAAAAUAUUCAGCUAACUCACUUGUGUUUUGCUGAUGAUAUAUUGGUGUUUACAGAUGGGACCAAGCUUUCGAUUGAAGGCAUUCUCCAAAUCUUUGAUCGGUUUGCAGAGUUCUCAGCGUUAAAAAUUAGCCUUGAAAAGUCCACAUUAUACAUGGUUGGGGUUAGAGAAACUGAGAGGGAGAACAUUCUUCGUUCUUUCCCAUUCGCCUCAGGCUCUCUACCGGUCCGGUACUUUGGUUUGCCUUUGUUAACUAAGCAAAUGACUGCACGGGAUUAUAGUCCUCUGAUUGAACAAAUCCGCAACAAGAUUAGUAGUUGGACGGCUCGUCACUUCUCUUUCGCGGGGAGAUUGCAACUCAUAAGUUCAGUAAUCCAAGGACUCACCAAUUUUUGGAUGUCUGCUUUUCGCCUACCUAGUGCUUGCCUUAAAGAAAUCGAUAGUCUGUGUUGUGCAUUUCUGUGGUCUGGUCUUGAGCUGAACACAAAGAAAGCCAAAGUGUCGUGGUCUGAAGUCUGUCUUCCAAAUGAGGAGGGUGGAUUAGGUCUCCGUUCGUUAAAAGAAGCAAACAAGCAUGAUAACUGGUCACCACUGGGUCCUCUGUUAGCGAUUACAGGGCAUCGAGGCUGCAUUGAUAUGGGUAUUAGCACUGAUGCAACCUUGGCACAGGUGUUGUUGACUCAUAGAAGACGACAUCAUCACGUAGAUCAUCUCAAUGAAAUGGAAGCAUGUAUCAAGGCAAUUCGAACCAAGGGUUUGGUUGAUACUGCGGAUGUGGUUCUUUGGAAAGGAUCAGGAGAUCGAUUUACAACAACUUUCUCCACCAAGGACGUGUGGAAGGCUAUACGAAGACAAUAUACACUACAAGACUGGUAUCGAGGGUUAUGGUUCCAUCACUCAACACCAAAGUUUGCGUUUGUUACUUGGCUAGCGAUAAAGAAUCGAUUGUCCACAGGUGAUCGAAUGUUGGGUUGGAACACCGGAGCUCCCACCUCUUGUGUGUUCUGCCAAGAUCCAAUGGAAACUAGAAACCAUCUGUUCUUCACUUGUCCUUACUCAUGGGAAGUCUGGUCUGCUCUCAGUUCAAAGAUCCUGGAAUGUCACUUCUCUACGGAUUGGCCUAUUCUUCUCAACUUACUCACGGACACGUCACUGGACAAGGUCCGUUUGUUCCUAUUGCGAUACACCUUCCAGCUUCUAGUACACUCAAUCUGGCGAGAACGCAAUAACAUGCGACAUGGGGAAACUGCAAUUCCUCCUACCCAGCUUAUCAAGCGAUUGGAUAAGGACGUUCGUAACAGAAUAGCUUCCAUAGCUGAUGGAGGGUAUGAUAAAUGUAUGGAGGUUUGGUUUGCUACACACUAA